GUCUCAUUAUUUCUCGUCGCAGUCUUUUGCAACGCUUUCUUUCAAUCCACUCUGUUGCUACCGUACCGUAUUACCAUGACACCCAACAACAACAACAUGCCCGGUGCUACCGUUGCCAUUCUGGAGGACUCGCCAUUGAAGCAUCUGGUACCGAUGAAACCACCAGCCGAAAGACUCAAGCUUCCCGAAGGAUUCCUUCCCAAAGCGGCACCAAAGAAGAAAAAGAAGAACCAAGGUAUCCUCCAGCGCAUGACACGACGCUUCCAACAACCCAAACAGAAGAAGGAUCCAUGGCAAGCCUGGUACGACGAGUCCCCCUACAUGUUUCAAGACCAACUCAAGGAGAUUCAUCUUCCACAGCAUGACUUGGUGGAAGACAAGGCAUGUGCCAAGAAGAUAUUCGAAGAAGACUCCUUUGUCGAGUCUACGCGAGUCGGCAGCUACAAUCUGCUCCAGCGACUCGGAAGUGGGGCGUUUGGUCACGUCUUUGUAGGACAGUCGACGGUAACCUCCUCUCAGCCCGUCGCCAUUAAAGUCUUGAGCAAACGUGCCAUUCGAAAACAAGCUGAAGGACGCGAGGUGGUGAAAACGCUCCGACCCAUCAACAAUGAGAUUGGGAUUCUUCGAGAGCAUAGUCAUCAUCCCAAUGUCAUUGGCUUUCACGAGGCACUUCACGGUCGGCAUAACAUUUAUCUCGUCAUGGAACAGGCCACUUCGGACCUAGCCUCGUGCAUGCAUACUCUGGGGCCGAUUCAGCCCGACUUUUAUCAACAAGUCAUGAAGGGUAUCUUGACCGGGCUCGAGUAUCUGCACCGACAUGGAGUGUAUCAUUUGGAUGUCAAGCCGCACAACGUGUUGAUAGUAUCACGGUAUUCCGGUGAGCGAGUGGAUGCCAGCUCCGUUCGCUUGUGCGACUUUGGGUUGUCCAAGACCAUUGCGAGUCAUUUGCCAGAGUGGAAGGUGGGCGACACGCCCAUGCAUGUCAAGAUUGCGCCGGGAAGCUACAUGGGGACUCAUAGAUUCAUGUGCCCGGAAUUGCGACUACGAAAGGGAGCAAAUGCACGACAAGCCGACAUGUGGUCCGUGGGAUGCACCUUGCUGAAUAUCAUGGAUUGCUUGCCCCGAGAGUUUGGAGUUCGAGACCCAGCUCAAUAUGAGGUCAACGUAAAAGAGUUCCUCGAGUCCCAAAGCAUUUCCAUCAGCGGUGGAGACGCAGAACUUGUCCACGACCUUCUAUUCCAGCAUUUAUUGCUUUGGAAUGCCCAGGACAGAGACACAUCGGAAGAGGCACUGUCUCACCCAUGGUUUCAAUAUGAAUACGAGAACGAAUCUCAGGAAUCAUAUUUUGAAAGCUUCCAGCCAGAGCAUGGAAUAGAGCUAUAGUACUGUAGUUACAAAGAACUACCACUUAAAAAAAAAUCUUUAAUAAUGCAUUCGC